AUGGCAUUGCCUGAAAGCCAAGACCACUGGUGCAAAGAAGACAUUGUGAAAUUACUGGAACGCAUGGAGAAUAACCUUCCAUCCAAUGAUAGACACACAUUCAGAACCACCCAGUCACAGAUGGACUGGGGAAAAGUAGCUUUUAAAGAUUUUUCUGGAGAAAUGUGCAAACACAAAUGGUUAGAGAUUUCUUAUAACUUGAGAAAAUGUCGCAGUUUGAAAGAAUUAGUCCUGGAAGCUAAGGAAGAUGCUAAAAAUCUCUCCAAAAGCAAAAGACGCAAGAAACAUCCUGACUUCCCCAAGAAGCCCCUGACUACUUACCUCCGCUUCUUCAGGGAGAAUCGGGCCCAGUACUCGCAAAUGCACCCCAAGCUGAGCAACCAGGAGCUGACCAAACUCCUGUCUGAGGAGUACAGGGAGCUCCCAGAGCAGACGAAGCUGAAAUAUAGUCAAGAUUUCCAAAAGGAGAAACAGGAGUUUGAGGAGAAACUGGCUCGAUUCAGGGAAGACCACCCUGAUCUAGUCCAGAACCCCAAGAAAUCUGAUGUGCCCAAGAGGGGCCCAAGCAAAGCCCAAAAGAAGUUUCAGGGAAAUGUGAAAGAAGUGAAGUCUUCCCCAGAAAACUGUGGUUCAAAAAAAAAUGGACCAGCUCUGGGCAAACACCACAAGAAAUGCAGAUGUCACCUUUUCCACCUCGGAGGAUUCCCGCUCUCCCCUCUCCUUGCCCCCAGAUGCUCUUUCAGUCAAGCACAGGGGUUCCUGGUCUUUUCUGGGCAGCAGUCCCACCAACUUACCCUGCCCUCUCAGGCCAGGAGCCAAGCCGACCUGGGUCCCCUCAGACUGCAGACGCUGGGGGAGAGGGGUGCAGAUACUGAGUGUGGAAAAGUGCAGGAGAGAGGCUCAAGGACCGCCCUGCCGCUUCCUCCCGCCUGCUCCCCACCAGGGACCUCAGGCUGCACUGGGCCCCCUCCUGUGUUCCCUGCAGAUGCACAGAGUGAAGGAGCCCAUUGGGUCCUCAGGGAGGAGCAGGAGCAGGCUCCAGAGAAAGGCACGCGAAGCUGUCAAAGUUUGAGCGCUGGCAGAGAUGGGGGUGGGGCCAGGGAGCCCCAGGACCACGCAGCAAAGAGCCACAGGGUCCCCGCCGAGGGUCCCCGCAGGCUCCCCCUCCUGAGUCCAGGGCUGGGCCUCUAG